AUGUCACGAAUCCAGCCAACCAAGCAGCGUCAGACCCUACAGCUCAACCUCCCCGUUCCUGCUCACCUGAGUAUUAAAUCAUUGCACCUGCCGCUGACCAAUCAAGACUGGCAUAUAAACCUGCACUCACAGACAUCUUACCGUCUGGUCUCGUCUAUCGCAUGUGUGUGUAAGACUUACCCGACUCCCGAUCUCCAGUCCGCAGAUCACCUUCAUCGUCAUCUUCGUCCUCAUUGGCCGUUGCUGUUGAACAAUGGCUGGAAGUUGGUUCAGAUUUUGCUGGUUUGUGCUUUCUGUCAUGCUGUUCCACAGUGGAGUAAAUCGCUUCAGGAUGCUCAAGCUCUGAAGACUCAGCAGUUUCUGUUUCAGAAGCCAGUUCAACAACCAACUUACCAGCAGUUUCCGCCUCAGAAGCCAGUUCGUCAACCAACUAAACAGCAGUUUCCGAUUCAGAAGCUAGUUCAACAACCAACUUACCAGCAGUUUCCGCUUCAGAAGCCAGUUCAUCAACUACCUAAACAGCAGAUUCCACUUCAGAAGCCAGUAGUGAAGGCAGAGCCCCUUGAUAAAUGUGCUGUAGCUGAUUCUGAGCAGAUUCAAUGUGGGCUACCUGGGAUCAGUGGUGCUGCGUGUGAAGCUAUCAACUGCUGCUUUAACGGAAAACAGUGUUUCUAUGGGAGGGCGGUGACUGUCCAGUGUAUUAGAGAUGGUCAGUUUGUGGUAGUGGUGUCUAGAGACGUUACUCUGCCUCGACUGAGUCUGGAUUCGGUUCAUCUACUGGGUGGAAACGACCCACCUUGUGCUCCUGUGGGGUCCACAUCUUCCUUUGCUAUAUACCAGUUCCCUGUGACCGCAUGUGGCACAAGCGUGAUGGAGGACAGCAGAUCUGUGGUGUAUGAAAACCGAAUGACCUCAUCCUAUGAAGUGGGGAUUGGACCAUAUGGUUCCAUCACAAGGGACAGUCAUUUUGAGUUUCUCUUCCAGUGUAGAUACUCUGGAACUUCUGUGGAAGCUCUGGUUGUGGAGGUCAACUCUGUUCCUCCACCUCCACCAGUAGCUGCUCCUGGACCUCUCAGGGUGGAGCUCAGGCUGGCCAAUGGCCAAUGUGUCACCAAAGGCUGUGCUGAUGGGGAUGAGGCCUACACAUCCUACUACAGUGACGCUGAUUAUCCCAUCACAAAAGUCCUGCGGGAGCCCGUGUAUGUUGAGGUGCACAUUAUGGAGAGGACUGACCCCAACAUUGUCCUCAUGCUGGGACGUUGUUGGACUACUUCAACCCCCAGUCCACUCAGUCUCCCCCAGUGGGACCUUCUGAUCGACGGAUGCCCUUACCAGGACGACCGUUAUCUGACCACACUGGUGCCAGUGACCGGAUCGUCUGGUCUUCAGUUCCCAACCCAUUACAAGCGCUUUGUUGUGAAGAUGUUCACAUUUGUAGAUCCAGCCUCACUGGCUGCUCUGCAGGAAACCAUCUUCAUCCACUGCAGUACGGAGGUGUGCCAUCCAUCAUCCGGCUCUUGUGAGCAAAGCUGCACCAGGAAACGAAGAGACACCCAUAUAAAGGCCGUCUCUGGGGAGCAGACUGUGGUUUCUAGUGGAGAAGUUACUAUGGUCAUGUAAAUCUAGUGGUUUUCUUUUAAAUAAACUUUGCAGAAUC